AUGUCGGUGGUGGCCAUAAGCCUGUGGAUGACACCCGGGCAAUUUAGUCCAUGGAACAAAACGGGUUUGCGGACGCCGGCGGGCUGGGACUCGGACUCCGCGCUCAGCGAGGACCCCGAGGGCGAGCGGCGCUCCGAGGAGGAGAGCGCCGGUGGCAGCGCCCGCCCCGCGGAAGCCACGGGCGGAGGGCGGCCGGCGGCGGAGGAGGCGCAGCCCCCGGAGGCGGCGGAGCGGGACGCCGCCGGCCUCAGCGACAGCGAGAUGUCGGCCGCCGUCUCAGAUCGCAGCCCCCCGGACGAGGAGGACGGAGCGGGCAAGUGCGGGAAUCUGCUGCCSGGAGAGGAGGAGGCGGCGGCGGCUCCGAAACCGCGGAAGAAGCGCUCCCGCGCAGCCUUUUCCCACGCGCAGGUCUUCGAGCUGGAGCGGCGCUUCAACCACCAGCGCUACUUGUCGGGGCCCGAGCGGGCCGACCUGGCCGCCUCGCUGAAGCUCACCGAGACGCAGGUGAAGAUCUGGUUCCAGAACCGGCGCUACAAGACCAAGCGGCGGCAGAUGGCCGCCGACCUCCUGGCCGCCGCCCCCGCCGCCAAGAAGGUGGCCGUCAAGGUGCUGGUGCGCGACGACCAGAGACAGUACCACCCCGGCGAGGUGCUGCGGCCGCCCUCUCUGCUCUCCCUCCAGCCGUCCUACUACUACCCCUACUACUGCCUUCCCGGGUGGGCUCUGUCCACCUGCGCUGCAGCCGCCGGCACCCAGUGAGAGGCACACAUACAUACCCCCCGGCCCCGACACCCCCACCAUACACACUGGCAGCCAGGAAACCCAUCUUCCCUCUGCCACCACCCCCAGCCAUCAAUCCAUCCRUUCAGCUUCUCAAGUCUAGAACCCCAGCUGCAGAUCUCAGUGCCUUGGACAGUAUUUAUUAUUAUUUUAUUGUUAUUUUUAUUAUUAAUAUUUUUGGAUGGUUCCUCACAAUCUCSUCUUUCAACAUAGGACUUUUCGGCCACCCCUACAUAGCCCUCACCCCGUCCCCACCCCUCCAGCCRAGGACUCUGGCGAUUCAGCACGACUUGUUCAUGGUAUCCAUGUUGUCAGUGUAUUUGGUGUAGACUUUUUGUUUGUUUGUUUUAUUUUGCUUCGGAUCGCUAGAGACUCGAUCUUGUGUGGAGAAAAAAGAGAGAGAGGAAACAAAGGAGAGGAAAAAAGAGUACAACCUGCAAAACUGAAUGCAGCUCAAAUGAGGAGAUCAAGGACUCCCUCGGUGGAUUGUAAGGAAGAUGAUUUUURUCGUCUGAGUCCUUGGUGUUCCAACUUGCUGCAAACUGAGUGUGCCUUGUAUGGUGCUGAAUGUAAGGAAGCSUCUUUCAGGUCCCCCCUGCUCUUGUUGCCCAUGUUAUUUCUGUACUCCAUGAUCCCUGGCAAAGGAUAAAUAAUGUCACAAAAGGGUGAGACUUAUAUCGAAACUCCUGACUUCUUGUUUUCCUUUUUUUCCUGAGAUCUUUCCGUGUUCGGGGAGGGAGGAGUUACAGAUUUUUCGCACUUUCCAGAUGUAUUAAAGUUGUUGUUAUUAUUUUUAUAUUCAAUGUGAAUAUUUCCCGUCAGGCUUUUUAAGAAAUCGAUGUAACAGGAAACUUUAAUACCAUCAGUGCCUUUCAUAAUUCUUCUGCAGACCUCUCCUUAAUGGGUGGGGAUUUCUGAUCUGCUCAGCAAUGUAAUUAUAAUCUCCUUCUUCCAAAGUAACUCAUUGCUUUUUUCCCCCUUCUUUCUCCCUACCCCCCCCCCAUUGCUCUUUUAAUGGCACU